GAGAUUUUAUAACACAUGUUUCCUUUUAAUUCAUCUCCGCCGAGAGGUCUCUUUGCCUUUUCUUCCACAGCGUAAGCUUUUUUUUUUUUUUUUCAAUGGAUCCUUCAAUUUUCAAGCUCCUUGAAGAAGACGAGGAUGAGUCGAUGCAUUCAGGAGCUGACGUAGAUGCGUUCCAAGCUGCUCUGAAUCGAGAUAUUGAAGGUUCUAUGACAACUUCAAUGCCACUCGGGACGAAUCCUGGAAACAACCAUCCUCCCAGCCAGCAGUUUGCGCCAUGGAAAAAUGGUAUUGGAGAUGCUAAUAUCAAUGUCCAGACCCAGCACAGCCUUGAAAGUACUCAGAUGAAGGAGCAACAAGGAUCGACUUUAGAAAAUCAACAUCAACAUGAUUUGAAACGAGCCAAUGAAUCUCAUUUACAACACAACCCGCCUCAAAACCUUCAUCGAGCAGGUCAACUGUGGGAGAAUCCAUCGCAGGUACCCCAAGCAAUUGGGUUGCCGAUUUCUGAAAAGAAUCCUACUGGUAAUGAACCAGAUAGAUCACAUAAUAUUCAAGAGAGUGAAUCUCAGUAUGUGAAACUGCAAAAGAUGAGUAGUCAACAGGCUCGGGGAGUGGAACCGUCUGCUAACCCUAUGAACCGCAACCCUAAGCAAGUACCAUUUGCUGCUUUGCUUCCUACCUUAAUGGCCCAACUCGAUAAAGAUAGAGCACUGCAGCUCCGUACCUUAUAUGCUAGACUUAAGAAAAAUGAAAUCCCCAAAGAGGGGUUCACAAGACAUAUGAAGGAUAUUGUAGGCGAUCAGAUGCUCAGGUUGGCAGUUAGUAAACUGCAGCAGGUAUUACCAUUUUCCAUAUUUUGUGUCAUGAGUAAAUAAAACCAGAAAACCGAC